AUGCGGGCCGCUGUCUCCACCGAGUCGGCCCUAGGCCCCCGAGGACCCCUCGGCUUGCCCUUGUCGGAGCGCGGCUUCCUCUUGCUGGAGCACAAGAUCCGUGCCGUCUCGAACCUUCUGUGCCAGUUCGCGAAGCGCCGCCGACCGCGUCCUCCAGAGUCGAUCGGCCUUGUCGUCCAGGAACGCGUCGGCGGCGCACCCUCCAUGGUGCCCCCGGCGAUCGAAGCACGCGCAGGGCCGCUCUCCGCCUCGCCCUCCUCGUCCAGGUCCAUACUCGAGAAGCUGCCUUGCGAGUCGGGCUGCCCAGACAGGGAAAUCCUGCGAGCUCGCCUCCUCUUCGGGAUCCCCGGCCUCCGGGCGCCAAGGGGCGCAGCGCCGACAAUCACGGCGGUGAUUGCGGCGCAGCAACCGUCGGGCGACGACCCGGGGGCCAAAAACCCGGCGACGGCGGCGCUCCGGAUGGGGCGUGACCUCCUGCCUCCAACCUCCUUCCUUUUUGAGCAGGUGUGA